CACCGCCCACGGUAGUGCGUCCAAGUUUUUGAUAAUGGACUACUUUUCCACUACUAACCCUAGUUCGUCUGGGUUUUCUUCAGUGGCAAACGGUAGCAAAGAGAAGAAGAAGGGCGGGAAGAGAAGCAAAGGAGUGAAGCUUUCGACGGACCCACAAAGCGUGGCGGCUAGAGAAAGGAGGCACCGGAUCAGUGACCGGUUCAAGAUCUUGCAGAGCUUGGUUCCCGGCGGGAGUAAGAUGGACACGGUGUCGAUGUUGGAAGAAGCCAUUCACUACGUGAAGUUCCUCAAGACUCAGAUUUGGCUUCACCAAACCAUGAUCAACGUUGUGGAUGAUCAGGACCCUUCAUCUUACUUCCUUGCUGCUAAUUCUUUUCCUCAUCCCCAACAGACCUUUUAUGCAGAAAACAGUUUAGUGGACCACGCGCAACCGUCACCGCCGCCGGUUCCGUUUCCGAAUUCUUGCUUUCAGUCUGAAGAAACCGUGUCAUUUGACCCUUUUGUCAAAUACUAGCUUCUGUAACUUCGUGUGCGUGUCUAUGUGGGUGAGUGUCGGUGUCGUGAGUUCUAUAAUGGAAUAUCCUGAUGGCUAAUUUCAGUG